AUUCUUUACCAACUGAGCAAUCAGGGAAGCCCGUUAAGGUUGGUAGUGGUUUUUAUCCUGUGCAACUGGGAUUUGAGGGUCGUUAAAGGCUUUGUAAACCAUCGAGAUGAAGGUGUAUUACUUUCCCCAUGUUGCAGCUGAGGCAGCACGCAGAUGAGCCAAGGUCACAGUGAAGUGGAUGGCAGAUUUUGGGCAAAUAUUCCUGUCCAUUGAAUACAUGGCUCCUCCGAAAGUGGCUUGUCUGUUGUUUGAGAAUUGGGGUUUUGCUUUUUUUCUUUGUUUUUAGCUGUGAACUUUAAGAGAGUGAACUUUAAAAGUGAGGGAGAAUGAAGUGAGUGCUUUUUUUCAAUGACUUGAAAAAACAAUGACACUGUUUUCAACUACUGCAAGCGUGAAAUAGUUUGCCCUUUCUCAAAAUUCAAAUCUUAAAAUGAAAUAAAAUUCAAAAGUAAGAUAUGGUCAGGACAAAACAGACUGGUCUUCAUAUAGCACACGCAGCCGUGUACUAUAUAGCCUUUUCUUCAAUUCUUCUACAAACAGAAUUUCUCAUGCAAAUAAAUAUAACUAAACGGGGACACUGUUGCCCAAGGACAAAACCCACUGCCAACAGGCCUGGGGCCCAGGGAAGUAAAGUAUUAAGUCAUUGCUCUCACGUCUAGCAGUCCUGUUGCAAACCACUGUAACAUCUUGAUGGAAUUGCCCCGUACUGCACAAGCUAAAUAUUCUCUAGAAUACAUUCAUCUUAAAAGAACCCAACUUUUAAGAGAGGAAAUAGGAUCAAACUCUGUGUUCAUGCUUUCUGUCUUCUCAACGCUCAGCAGUGGCAGAAAAGGAAAAUACAACCCAAUGCUCUGAAUUGUUAUGGAAAAUUAAACAAGGUUAGAUGACCAAAAUAAUUUUAAAUUUUAAAAUGUAUGCAAGAGGACAUGCACAGUCCACAAAGAAAAUGGUCAUUUAUAUUACAACAGAUUUUAGAAUGAAACUUUCCCACCUGUCUGUAAUUAAAAUUUACAUGUGGCCCAGAUUCAUCCAAACAUCAUGCAGGAGACAGAAACCAAUCACCUUCAGGAAUAUUAAUAGGAAAAGUGAGUAAGGGGAGAUCGAGGAUGUUCACUGUGUUUCACGAGUCAGUUGUUCAGCACGUAGUCAGGCCAAGCAUCAAGCCUCAUCUUCCAACUGAUUUGACCUCCAAAUACUAUUUAAUGGUAUUAAAUGUUCCUACUUCCUUUGCCUUCCUUACUUACUGAUUUACUGGAGCUAAAAUGGAAAGGCGGAAAGAAGGAAGUUCUCUCGGGAUCACCAUGUCUCACAUCUUACAUUCUCGGGGUUCCUGUCUAGCCUGUUUCUCACAGCAAGCUUUGUGACUUCAGUAGUCACAAUAAAACAUAAGUGUCUGUUGUUGUGGUUUCUAAAUUUCUGAAGUCUAGAUUUCCCACUAACAAGCUGGGAAACGUUUGGUUUCCCAAGCAUACCAUGUUAGCCGCUGCCUCUGUACAGGCAGCGAGACUGCAGGGAGGUGAAAACCAGUGAACUCACCCACUCUGGCACAGGACUGCUCCAUGCUUUGGCCUUUUAUGUUAAAUAUGAAUGCCAGCGAGUUCAGUAUGAAAGCCAAAUAAAAGAGGAAGACCUUUUUUUAAAAAAAAAAACUUACAGGAACUAGGGGCUUAAAAAAAUUUUUUUUUGGCUCAGAGUAAGAUUCAGAAAAGGAUUAUUCUUUGUGACUUUUUAAAAAAGAGAAUAAAAGAAAGAAAAACAACCUACCAAGGAAUAAGCUUUAAGAGAAAGGAAUUAAUAUUAAUCCUCCAAAAUACCAAUUUGCAAUAUAUGAAUGAAAAUAACCUGUGAUCUGGGAAGAGAAAAAAGGGAUGAAAGAGAUUAAAAACAAAAUUCUGCAGCUACAUCAGAAUGCUUUUCUAAAGAAUUUAUUUCUGUUUUCCUCAAUCCACUAAAGGAACAUCUGAAUAUAAAUGGACUUUGCAAUAGGACAAAUACAUAUAAAUAUUAUUAAUAAGAUAAAAUACAUACAAUACACAUUUAAGGGUAUACAGCAUUAUGCCCUUGAAGUCUGUUUGAGCAAAGGCUGCCUGUUAAAAAUAUUUUCCGAGAACUUUAAGUUCCUUGAAAUGUUCUACGGAAAUGGUAUUUAUGACAAACCUACCUCCUCUAGGGAACAUGAGAUGUUAUUACUGGCAAAGUCACAAUUUUUUUAAACUAUCCAAAAAUAAUCAUGAAUUUAUGCCAGAUGACUAAAUGUGUUUUAUUAUUACAGUGAUUAAGGGAAUAUUUGCUAAUGUCUCAUGAUCAAGCUUGAAGUAGCCUUAUAGAGAGCUUAUAGAGAAUAACAGCGACAAAACAGUAGAUUUCAAGUGGUAAUGAUUCUCUGUGCCUUUCAUGGGCAGAAUAUUACAAUACAUAUAUUCACUGAAGAGGAUGGUACAUAUGAGAUAGGAGGUGUGGAUGUAUGUCAUGGUGGUGACAAACUGGUUUUCUGUAAAAUGAGAAUAAUAAUAGUUGCUUCUUAUGACUGUUUCCAGAACUAGUAUGGUACAUGGCAUGUAGUAAUUGCUCAAUAAAUGAUUAACUGCUUAAUCAAUGAUUGUAGAAGAAAGGAACUAUUAACUGUCAUCCCUCAGUAUCCAAGUGGGAGUGGUUUCAGGACUCCCACAGAUACCAAAAUCAGCAGAUGCUCAAGUCUCUCAUAUAAAAUGGUGUAGUAUGGUCAGCCCUCCUUACUGGUGGGUUCUACAUCCACAGAUAUAGAGGGUGGCAGCACUGUGUGUCUAUUACUUACAGUCACAAAACUCUAGUUCAAAAGUAGAUUCUACUUCUACCUAUUAGGUAUUUGUUCAAAUAUGUAACAAAUACUUAGAGUACCAAAUACAUACUAAGCACUGUUCUUGAGCUAGAAAAUACAGCACUGAAGAAAACAGGCCAGUACUUGAGCUGUCACUGAACACACACACACACACACACACACACACAGAGACAUCCCUACAUCCCUACUCACGCAAAGUUUACAUUCUAGUUAGAAGGAGAGCCAGCCAGUGAUCAAACAAGUACAAUAUAGUAAGCAUGCCAGUCGCAUGACAAGAACUGGGGAGAGGCCUUCCCUGGGAAGGCAGGGGUGCAGAAGCCACAGGCCUCUGUGUCAGGGAACCGCGUGGAAGCCGGUGUGACUGGAGUAGACCGAGCCGAGGGAGGAGGGGUCGGGGGCCGACGGGACGGGGGACACAGCGCAGAGGGGAACAAACGAACGCGGAGAGCGUGAGGUGAGAGAAAGAGGACGCUUGUGAGGUCAGUACUGUCUGGGCUUUCUAGCAUGUAGACUCGUUAGUUGAAAGAGCACAUGCUUUGCAGACAGUGACUUUUUAUUCUGGCUUGGUUAUUUGUGCUAUUUGGCAAUUAUUUAAUCUCUCUAUAUUUUAGUUUUUUGGUCCUUACCCUCAUCUGUAAAACAGGAAUAAUACCUCAUAAGGUUGUUUUAAGGAUCAAGUAAGAUCAGCAGGCACAGACUAGACCCUCAAUAUGCUUUUUUCUUUUUUGCUAUAAACUAAAUCACACCCUGGAUAGCGACUGGGAAUCGGAGUCAGUGUUCCAGUACCAGGGUUACUGUAAUAAUGGCCUUGCAUGGUAUUUAAUCUUUCUGGGCCUCAGUUUCCUAACUAAGAAAAUGUAGAUGCUACACACAGACAUUAUAAAAACAGAUAUAAAUCAGUUAAGCUAUUGUUAUAACAUGAUAAUCAAAGAAUAUUACUAUUACAAUUUAUCUUAAUGUUAAAAAUGCAAAACUGCAAAAAUAUAUGACUCCUCUUCCUCUGUUACUUCAUCUCAAAAAUCCUACAAAUCUUAAUUUUCAGCCUGAAGUUGCACAGGUUUAGUAGCCAUGUUGAUUUUUAUUCCCAUAUCCUGCCCCUGCUGAAGAACACUGAUCUAGAAAGAUCUCCAAAAAAUGUUUACCUGCAAAAAUCAAGGUGAAGGAUAGAGAAUAGACUAUUUUUUGUAUAAAAAAGGGUAGAUAAGAAUCUUUAUUUGUAUUGUUUACUCAUAAAGACACUAUAGAAGUACAUGUAAGAAGCUAGUAUCAGUGGUUAUAAGUUGGGGAAGAGGAACUGGCAGAUGAAAGAUGAGGUGGGAUCCUGUACCUUUUAAUAUACAUAUUUUGAAAUGUAUGUUAUAUAUUUAGGAAUGCUAAUCUAAAAUCAAAGACUGAAAUUCAGACUUGUGAAGAGUUAAGACUGAGCAAAGAAAACUUUUAAUUACAAAGCUAAGUAUACAACAGUAUGAAAACCUCAAAUGACCUCCUUCUUAGAUAAUCUGGGUACCCUUCAACCUGUUUGUACUUUUUUUUAUGAAAUGCUCAAAAAGAAUUGAAAAUAUCAUCAAUAGUCUUCUUCACAUUUUCCACUAUGAAAACUAAACCCAGCAGUAGCACAUACAGAAAAAGAUCUGUCAGCCCACCCCACCGCUGAGUCCCCCAGUAGACAAGUCUACUUGUCUAGGAGCAUAUUAUCUCAGCAGAGAAAGUGCACUGCACAUUUACACGCAAGAAACGAGGAACAGGAGAAACAUAAACAGAACAUCAAAGAGGCUUUGGGAGAAUCAGCUAUUAGCAUCCAUUGUGGUGUGCUGGCAUGUCACUGGAUAAUGCACAUUCAAAGUAUCGUACUCUUCCAGGAAGGGAGAAGAGCUUGUGGUGCAGACCUGUGAACAAAAGAGAAAUGGAAAAUACUGAUCCUAAAUAUAUUUCAGAAGCAAAUAGUGAAGAGUUAUGAAUGUUAGAUCUCUUUGUUGUCUCUGACAUUCGUUAAGUUUUCAAAAACAAUCAACUAUGCCCUAAAGUGGUGGUUACCAGCGGCAACUCCCCGCCCCCAGAUGUUCUCCUCUACUGUUCUCAUCAUUGGUUUCCCACUCCAGUAAUAACUGAUACAUGGACUGUGCCAGGCAGUAUGCUAGGUGCUUUUGUGUAGAUUGUUUUACCUAACCCUUAGAACAGUGCUGUGUUCUAAGUGCUGUUAUGAGGGAGGUUCCAGUAUUAUCUCUGUCCCACAGAUGAAGAAAAUGACACCUGUAGAGGUUAAACUGCUUGCUCCGUCACCAUGGGUAGAAGGGGGGAAACCAAGACUCAGCUUUGAAAACUGAACUCCAAAAUCUCAAUUUCUCCCCCAGCACUCCCCUGCCUCCCACAGGAUUCCACUGCCUCUUCCCCGUCAGUGCAUCAGUGCUGGGGGGUGUGCUGGCUCCCUGUCAGUCAUCCCGCCUGCCCCUUGCCCUUAGCCACCGGCACUGCUUACUGCCAUCUGCUGCUGGGGCAGCAGGGAACAGGCAGCAGAGAGGACCUCAUUCCUAUCCUAGAGCAGGCUACCACCAUCGUGGAGCCAGUAAGAUACAGAAGAACACAGAUCACGGCGGGUACCCAGUCACCCACAGAGAGGGGAGGAAGAAAUGGAAAAUGGAAAAAAUGAUACACAGUCAAAGUGUUAGCAACCUGGGGACAAGCCAAUAUCAUCAUUAUCAUCAAGUUAAAGAUGGCUCUGCAUGCUAUCUACCAGGCAAGGUGCUCUUGGGAAUAUAGGUGCAUAGUUCUAUCUGUGACAAUCCAAGGCAUCACAUGCUGGGUGACUUAUUUUUACAUGCUUCUCCUAGAAAAGAAAAAGGCAGCCAGGGAAGGCGCCAUGGCUGUGGGAGCCCCAGGCAGGCCCUGACAGAUCAGGGAGGUGAAACUUUCACUUGGCCAAGCACCUGAAGUCUCAGUCUGUUAAAAGACAGGCUGGUUUGCCUUUUCCUCCCUAAGUUUGUCUUUUAGUGUAGCAAUCAAAACGGAAAGUCUGGAGAAGAAAAAAGUGUUAAAAUAUUGAUCUGAGGAACUGCUUCCAAAUAAUUAAGAACCACAUUCAGAGCGGUGGGGAGGGAGAACAUGAAACAUGAAUGGCUCUUCAGUGCAUACUCAAAGUAAUUGUUUUUUAAAGUUUCUUCUUGAUGGCUAUAAUAUAUUCAAAGCAAAGGAAAAAAAAACCUAUUCAGCAAAUGGCAAAAAGAAAAAUUCAUCUCAGAAGACACUUUUCAAUAUGAAAAAUUAAAAUGGGUGUCAGGAAAGCACAAGCUUACUGGUAUUCAAUGAACAUCCAUCACCUGAUAGUUCUUUCUAGAAAGUGACUCAACUGACAAUACAGCGCUGAGGAAGUAACAACAUAUAAUUCAGGCUCUAAGUAAUUAUCCUGGGACACAUUUGCACACGCUAUCCUAUUGUAACUCCCUUGUUAGUUUCCAUUUCCUCCCCUGGCCCUAGACUGAGCACCUUUAUAAGUCUCCACCCGGCUGUUUGAUUGGAGGGUGCAGUGUCUCCUAGACUAGAUUCCAUGGUCUCAGAAGGAAAAUAUUCUCAAGUUUUGUGCCGGUGAGCUCUCAGGCUGACCUUUUUCUGCUUCUGAAACUUUUCCUUUAAAUAGUUUUUCUUUCUAGGAGAUUCUUUGUUUGAAUUUCUUUAAAGAUUUUCUCCCAAAGCUGGUCCCUUUGCUCAAUCUGAGGAUUUUAUAAGCUCCUCUUAGGAUCCUGUUUCUCUACUAAAAGCUCCUUAACCUCCUGAUAAUUAAUAGGUUGUUUGACUAUUUGCAUCUUAUUAAUUCACUUCCUAUGACCCUUGGGGAGCCAAACAAGACUGUUCAGAUGCUGAAGAGUCCUGACUCACCGUGCCCCAUUUUUACUUUAUAUUUCUCUGACAUCAGCUAAAGCCUUCUCUAUCACCUCUUGCCCCAAUUCUUGUUUCACAGUGAAGGAAAAUAGCAACCCAGUUUCCUGGAUCUGGACUCAUUUAUGGUGUCUCUAAGUGAUCUCAAUGAUGAUGACAGUAUCUUCAGUAAUAAGGACAUAAAGCAGACACAGAUUUAUACUCAUACAUGGCUAGAAGACGCCAAAAAACAUGUUACUGUUCUUCUAUAUCUUGCUGACCAAGUCAAAUGAAUCAAGCAUUACAUUAUGACUAUGGUAUGCUGGAGCUGUAAUUUUUUUAAAAACCUUUGACUUCUGAGAGAAAUAAAAGGAAGCAGCCUACAUAGAAUAAAAAAGACUAGUCAUAGCUAUUUUUAUGAGUGCUCCUAAAAAUUAGACUAAACAGUGAAAAGUCCCAUUGAAAAAGCAGAGUGGAGCAAGGAAACAUAAAUUACUGGUUGAUUACCAAGAACCUAUCUCAACCUAAGGAAGCUUUCUAACAAAUUCCAUGUAAUUACUCUAAACUGCUUAGAAUCCUGUGGUUAUUUAGCCAUAAACCCAGCUGCUAUCAAUACAAUGCAACAAUUAAAAUUACAUAUUAGAUAAAAAUUGCUAAGAGAUAUAGGGGGUCAUCAUCAUAAGCAGAGUAUAUAGUUUCUUGCUUAUCAGUUAACAUGUUAAAUCAAGAAGAAAAAGUAAUGUAUUAAACUAGCAUGGAAAGAAUGAAAAGCAAAUAUAGGCAUUAAGAGCCAUCAAGGUGAGGUUAUACAGUUAGGUCUAGGAUGAGAGAUACAGUAUUUCGUUUAUCUUCAGAAAAGACCAAACAAGAUUUGGUAUCAUCACACUAUCUGGUUGUUGAUGGGCAACUAUUUUAAAUUCUGUAACUAGAGUGAUAUCUGCAAAUAUACAGGCAGGUUUUAACAGAAAAAAGGUAAACUGUUAAAUAACGGGCACAGUACUUUGCACACAGUAAUUGCUUACUACAGUGGUAUAAUAAAAGUCUGAAAUGAAUUAACUGUCAGCUGACCUGCACAACACUGUGAUGAACCCAUUUUAAGAACCAGGUCGUUCAGUGGUUUCCAUGCCCUUAUUUCAAAUUGUGGUUUCAAACAAAACAUGAUGUCUUAUGGAGAGAGCUUUGUCAUUUAGGAUUUUUCUAAGAACUGGGAAAGAGGUAUUUUCUGAAGGAAGGGAAUCUUCCACCUAGCUGUUACGGGGAGCAAUUAGUUUAAUUAAUGACAUAAACACUGAAGCAGUGACUAGGCCAGUGAAUCUGGGGACUUCAUCAGUGUGUUAUGAAGCGAAGGGCUCACUCAGUCACAGCCUAAACCAGAGACUUUUCCAGAGAAAGACACACUCGCCAUUUAUGCUUCAACCACCUAUCCUCAAGGUAGAGAGUGAUUCUCAAGGGAUGGCCCCUUUCAAGAGGUCUAUGAGGUUAAAGCUAUUUUCACAGUAACACUAGCUUUUUCACUCAGUCCCUCACAAGGAGUAUUCCAGAGAUGUGACGUGUGGUGAUGUCAUUGUUCUGACAGCUGACGGGAUGUAUGAAACAGAUCUGAGAAUCCAGCUGCCUUCAAUUAAGCCAGAUUAAAAAGGCUGAUUGACCAAGAAACUGAGUCCCAGGAGAAGAAGGAGCAAGAAAGAGAGAAGAGGGUCACCGCCCUGAAAGAGGAGCUGACCAAACUGAAGUCUUUUGCUUUGAUGGUGGUGGAUGAACAACAAAGGCUGACGGCACAACUUGCCCUGCAAAGACAGAAAAUCCAGGACCUAACCGCAAGUGCAAAGGAAACACAUGCAAAACUAGCCCUUGCUGAAGCCAGAGCUCAGGAAGAAGAACAGAAGGCAACCAGACUAGAGAACGAACUGCAAACGCAGACCACAAAAUUUCACCAGGACCAAGAAACAAUUAUGGCGAAGCUCACCAAUGAGGACAGCCAAAAUCGCCAGCUUCGACAAAAGCUGGCAGCACUCAGCCGGCAAAUUGAUGAGUUAGAAGAGACAAACAGGUCUUUACGAAAAGCAGAAGAAGAGCUGCAAGAUAUAAAAGAAAAAAUUAACAAGGGAGAAUAUGGAAACUCUAGUAUCAUGGCUGAGGUGGAGGAGCUCAGGAAACGUGUGCUAGAAAUGGAAGGGAAGGAUGAAGAGCUCAUAAAAAUGGAGGAGCAGUGCAGAGAUCUCAAUAAAAGGCUAGAAAAGGAAACAUCACAGAGUAAAGACUUUAAAAUUGAGGUUGAAAAACUCAAUAAAAGGAUUAUGGCUCUGGAAAAAUUAGAAGAUGCUUUCAGCAAAAGCAAACAAGAGUGCUACUCGCUGAAAUGCAAUUUGGAAAAAGAAAGGAUGACCACAAAGCAACUGUCUCAGGAACUAGAGAGUUUAAAGAUAAGGAUCAAAGAGCUGGAAGCCAUUGAAAGUCGUCUGGAAAAGACAGAAUUCACCUUAAAAGAGGAUUUAACUAAAUUGAAAACAUUAACUGUGAUGCUGGUAGAUGAACGGAAAACAAUGAGUGAAAAAUUAAAGCAAACUGAAGAUAAGUUACAAGCUGCUGCUUCUCAGCUUCAAGUGGAGCAAAAUAAAGUGACAACAGUUACUGAGAAGUUAAUUGAGGAAACUAAAAGGGCACUGAAGUCCAAAACUGAUGUGGAAGAGAAAAUGUACAGUGUAACCAAAGAGAGAGAUGAUCUAAAAAACAAACUGAAGGCAGAAGAAGAGAAAGGAAAUGAUCUCCUGUCCAAGGUUAAUGUGUUGAAAAAUAGGCUUCAAUCCCUGGAGGCAAUUGAGAAAGAUUUCCUAAAAAACAAAUUAAAUCAGGAUUCUGGUAAAUCCACAACAGCAUUACACCAAGAGAACAAUAAGAUUAAAGAGCUUUCUCAAGAAGUGGAUAGACUGAAACUGAAGUUAAAGGAUAUGAAAGCCAUCGAGGAUGACCUCAUGAAAACAGAAGAUGAGUAUGAGACUCUGGAACGAAGGUAUGCUAAUGAACGUGACAAAGCUCAAUUUUUAUCUGAAGAGCUGGAGCAUGUUAAAAUGGAACUUGCCAAGUACAAGUUAGCAGAAAAGACAGAGUCCAGCCAUGAACAGUGGCUUUUCAAAAGGCUUCAAGAAGAAGAAGCUAAGUCAGGUCACCUCUCAAGAGAGGUGGAUGCACUGAAAGAGAAAAUUCAUGAAUACAUGGCGACUGAGGACCUGAUAUGUCACCUCCAGGGAGAUCACUCAGUUCUGCAAAAGAAGCUCAACCAACAAGAGAACAGGAACAGAGAUCUAGGAAGAGAGAUUGAAAACCUCACUAAAGAGUUAGAGCGGUAUCGUCACUUCAGUAAGAGCCUCCGGCCCAGUUUCAACGGAAGAAGAAUCUCUGACCCUCAAGUAUUUUCUAAAGAAGUUCAGACAGAAGCAGUAGACAGUGAGCCACCUGAUUAUAAGAGCCUCAUUCCUCUGGAACGAGCAGUCAUCAAUGGUCAGUUAUAUGAGGAGAGCGAGGACCAGGAUGAGGACCCUAAUGAGGAGGAGUCUGUGCUUUCCUUCAAAUGCAACUCAUCUACUCCCUGUCCUGUUAACAGGAAGCUCUGGAUUCCUUGGAUGAAGUCCAAGGAGGGCCAUCCUCAGAAUGGCAAAAUACAGACUAAACCCAAUGGCAGCUUCGUGCAACCCGGAGAUUUAGUCCUCAGCCACACACCUGGGCAGCCACUUCACAUAAAGGUUACUCCAGACCAUGUCCAAAACACAGCCACUCUUGAAAUCACAAGUCCAACCACAGAGGGUCCUCACUCUUACACAAGCACUGCAGUGAUACCAAACUGUGGCACCCCAAAGCAAAGGAUCACCAUCCUCCAAAAUGCCUCCAUAACACCAGUGAAAUCAAAAACCUCUGCUGAAGGCCUGAUGAGUUUAGAGCAAGGCAUGUCCCCAAUUACCAUGGCAACCUUUGCCAGGGCACAGACCCCAGAGUCCUGUGGUUCUCUAACUCCAGAAAGGACAAUGUCACCUAUUCAGGUUUUGGCUGUUACUGGUUCAGCUAGCUCCCCUGAGCAGGGACGCUCUCCCGAGCCGAUAGAAAUCAGUGCCAAGCACGCAAUUUUCAGAGUCUCCCCUGACCGGCAGUCAUCAUGGCAGUUUCAGCGUUCAAACAGUAACAGUUCAAGUGUGAUAACUACUGAGGAUAAUAAAAUCCACAUUCACUUAGGAAGUCCUUACAUGCAAGCUGUAGCCAGCCCCGUGAGACCUGCCAGCCCUUCAACACCACUGCAGGAUAACAGAACUCAAGGCUUAACUAACGGGGCACUAAACAAAACCACCAAUAAAGUCACCAGCAGUAUUACUAUCACACCGACAGCCACACCUCUUCCUCGACAAUCACAAAUUACAAUCAAGGAGGUAUGCAAGCAGAGAAUUCCAACACGGAUCCCUAAACCAAAAUCUACAGGCAUCACUAAGCCUUCCCCUAAAGCUCCCCCAGGGCCUAUGGAUAAGACUGGCUGUGGGAAGCUACACAUCAUAAGGACUGUCACCUCUAACACUUUCCUCCACAUGGGAGGGAAAAGGUCUCAUGUUCCUCAGCUGUCAAAUGCGUGAGUCCAAGCUAAUCUC